CGGACCGAGAGCCGGAGACCGGCGCCGCGGGACGGAAGCGAGCGGGCGCGGGCACCGCGCAGAUGGCCGGGGCGAGCGAGAUCUGAGGCUCGGCUCCCCGAAACGUGACCAUGUGGAUUCAACAGCUUUUAGGACUCAGUUCCAUGUCUGUUCGCUGGCCCGGCCGCUCCCUGGGAAGCCAAGCGUGGAUUCUUAUAGCCAUGUUUCAGCUCGCCCUGGAUCUGCCCGCAUGCGAGUCCCUGGGCCCGGGCCCCGAGUUCCGGCUGCUGCCCCGGCCGCCGCACCGGCCGCCCCGCUUGUGGAGUUUUAAGAGCGGACAGUCCGCCCGGGUCCCGGCGCCUGUGUGGAGCCCCCGCCCGCCCCGCGUUGAGCGCGGUCACAGUCACGGGCAGAUGCCGAGUUCCCGGGCGCGACGGGCACACAGACCCAGGGACCAGGUGGCCGCGCUGGUGCCCAAAGCGGGGUUGGCCAAGCCCCCAGCUGCUGCCAAAUCCAGCCCUUCCCUGGGCUCCUCCGCGGCCUCGUCCUCCUCGGCGGGGGGCGCCGGGGCCCCCACGGACCAGCAGGCCCUCCUCCGGCGGGGGAAGAGGCACCUGCAGGGGCCCGCUGUCAACAGCUUUGACUUCCGAGGCAGCAGGCCCACCACGGAGACGGAGUUCAUCGCCUGGGGGCCCACGGGGGAGGAGGAGGCCCCAGAAGCCAACACCUUUCCGGGCGUUUAUGGCCCCACCACAGUCUCCAUUGUACAAACACGGAAGACGACUGUGGCCGCCACCACCGCCACAGCCACCACGGUCACCUCCGUGCUGCUGCAGACUCAGGGGGUCACCGAGCCCCUGGACCCCAGGAAUAGGAUCCCGGUGGGGAUUAGCACAACGGAGCCUUCCACCAGUCCCAGCAGAGACAAUGGCAGAGACAGUCAGCCCCCGCGGGUUCUGGGGGAGACCUCAGGUUUGGCGGUCCAUCAGGUCGUCACCAUCACCGUCUCGCUCAUCAUGGUCAUAGCUGCUCUGAUCACAACUCUUGUCUUAAAAAACUGCUGUGCCCAGAGCGGGAACACGCGUAGGAACAGCCACCAGCGGAAGACGAACCAGCAGGAGGAGAGCUGCCAGAACCUGACAGACUUCACACCGGCCCGGGUGCCCAGCAGCCUGGACAUCUUCACGGCCUAUAACGAGACCCUGCAGUGUUCACACGAGUGUGUCCGGGCGUCUGCGCCCGUCUACACCGACGAGACGCUGCACCCGGCCGGGGAGUACAAAUCCACCUUUAACGGGAACCGACCCUCUUCUUCUGAUCGGCAUCUUAUUCCUGUGGCCUUUGUGUCUGAGAAAUGGUUUGAAAUCUCCUGCUGACUGGCCGAAGUCUUUUUUUACCUCCUGGGGGCAGGGCAGACGCCAUGUGUCUGUUUUAUGGUACGUAUCUCUUUUAUUGGACUUGGGUUGGUUUGUCCCUUGCCCUCCCUCUUCCCCGCCCCCACCCCCGGUCUCCCCUCUGGGAUAACAGGAGUCCUUCUGGACAAGGCAGGUGGGAUUCCAGGGGUGUCACCAUUCGGGAUGCAAACUAGAGGGCUGGGCUUGCAUCUCUCCCCCAUCCCGGUGGAAGGGAGUCACAGACUCAGGAAGCCCCGCUCGGCAGCCUGGCUGUUUCUGCCGGUGAUGUUCUGUCCCCCAGGAAGGCCUGCAGGGCAGGGAACACCAGUUCCCACAGGAACUCCAAGUCCGUUCCAUUUCUCGAAAGAUGAAGCGUACGGGCUGGCAGCGGCAUGAGCAGAAGUCAUGCCUCCAUCACGUCUUUACGUGGGGUGGGGCUGGGGGACCCUGGAGCAGAAUUAAAUACAAUUUUGAAAUAUAAAACGAAGAGAUAUGAGGGAAAAUGAUAAAGAAAGUGAAGAGUUGAGACAUCCGCUAAUUUGAAGCCAGUGCCCGCUACCCAAACAGGAUGAAUUUUCCACGCUCUGCUGGGCAGGAACAUCUGCUUUGCUUUCAGUGGUAUUGACUUUAAUGCAAACUUUAAAUUGCCUUCUCCUGUGCCGAUCCUCCCAGACCCUCGGGCUGCGGGGGGGAGCAUCGUGCCCCCGUGGCGGCACCAUCUGUGAGCACGGUCAAUAGAGGCGACCGGGGCUUUUGUUUCUCAGGUUUUCUUUUUUGAUGCUGGGUCUUCAAAGGGGGACAUCUCGCUCUCCCAGUGAGAGCAUCUUUCUCCCGCCAGAUAUUCCUUCUAAAUGUGAUGUCAGUAAGAUCCUUCCAUAGGCAGGCAACCCAGCUUCUAGGGUUAUUGAUAUUUGCAAACGUUCUUACUGACUUUGGCUUGGAUUGAGUGGAAACUGCACCAUCAAAGUCAGGGAGAGUCCAGGGCCAGGGACGGGUCUUCGGGGGCCGGGGGGGGGGCACAAGUGUGACCCUUGGAGAACUUGGCUUGAGGCCCUUAGCAGGGGCCGGGGAGCCAGUAGCUUUGAGAAGCAGGAAUGAAUCGGUCAGUUCCUAAUCCCAGUUCUAGUGAAUCGCAUAUUUGCUCCACAUCAAAACUUCAGCCCUCACUCCUGUCCUGAAGCCAAAAAAGCCCGCUUAGCGCAAUGUUGCGCCAAUGGGGAAAGGAAGGUAAGGAGACUAAACUGGAAAGUGAGCCCUCCCCCCAGAGUCCUUUGCUGAGAUUGUGCAGGCUGGGCAGGGGAGAUGAGGUCUGCUCCUGACAUCCUGGGCCAGGUGCCCUGGGCAAGGUCCUCCAUCAGAAGCAUGCGCCUUUGUCUGCUGGAUGUGACUCAUCUUGUUAAGGCCAUGGACCAAGCUCCCUUUGGACUUCUGACCGGGGGCCCUGCCUGUUAUCCGAGGAGCUCCUGCCUGCCUGGCGAAGGCUCUUCAGGGUGGCCGGGGGGGCGCCAGCAUCUCUGUUAGGAUUUCAGAGUUGCAGGAACACACAAGACAUUGACCUGGGAGAUGCUGGCUGUGCAUCAAAGACCCUUGCUCUCUUCCCCAGGAGGUGGGGGCUACAGGCCUGGAGGUGGACGCAUCUUCCACUCCAGGGAGCCUCCUCCUGGUGGGGGCGGGGACACAGUGCCCUAAUGAGACAUUAGGCAGCUCAUUGGAGCCUUCUUAACGCCUAGAAGUCCUUACAGGUGGGGAACCAAGGCUCAGGGAGGUUAAGUGACUUGCCUGAGGUCCGUCAGGCUGUAAGUGGUGGAAUCGCAUGAGUGCUGGCCCCCUGGCCCCAGGGCCACACCCUGGCCUCUGCUCGAGAGCCUUGACUGCAGUCCCCAUGGAAUGCCUCUGUUCCUGCUCUGUCCCUGGCCCUGAGUGAGCGGGAGGAGAACUGUCUGUGGGAGAUGACGCCUGCUCUGGGACCUUCAUCCAGACUGUGCAGGGCGGGGAGCACCACAGAGCAGAGGCCACUUCCCGAGCAUCCAAAGGCCCUAGGCUGAGGUCCUCCUCGGAGCAGGGAGCCCCAGCCUCACUCCUGAUUUAAAAGAAAAUCAAACUGUGGGAGGGGAGGUGCUUCUUUUCACUCCUCUGCUCCAAAGGACCAUCCUGUGUCGUGAGCCUGCUUCUCUUUCCAGCACCACGGGGCACAGAAGGACCCCCACGAGCUCCCUGUGUACCCCUCCACUCGGGACCAGGGAGCCAUGCUCCCCUCGGGGUCCCCAGGUCCCAACCCCACCCAGGAGCUAUUUCAGGACCACCCCCACCCGGGGGAGGGGUGCCUCUGUGACCCGCUCACCCGGAUGUGGGUCUCAAGUCGAUAGCUUAGGAGCGGAGACCAGCCAAGAGGACCGACGUGGACCUGCGUGGAGCAGCGCCACACUCAGCCACGUGGACACAGACCAGGAGGGCCACACGCAGCCUUGUUAGUCCCUGAUAGAUGCUCACAGGCUCCUUCUGGGCCUCUGAUGGACCAUUUAUCACACACUGGCCGGAACAGGUUCGGAUUCCCCGUAACCCCCGUUCUCGCAGUUAACUCCUGGACGUGGGGAUGGAUCGGUGAAGAGCCAGGAAGAUGGCUCAGAUUUAGUGGGGUACUUAUUGUCCCUUAAAUAAAUAGCAAUUAAUACUAAAACAUUUAAUUAAGGUCCAAGAGCCAGUGGAGAUAUUUAUCUCUCGCGUAGCUGUUAAGCCUCUCCAAAUGCAUUUUUAAUGAUGAUAUGGCAGUUCGUUACCGCACCGUCUCUGGGGCUCCUGUUCACCCACACGCACGUGUGGGACCCGAGCCCUGCCCAAUCCACUUCCCUGCGGGCCAGUGGACCGUGACGCCGGGGCUGGUGGACCCAGUGACCCGGCCUGGGCAGAAGUUCAGCCCACGUCCCUAGAGUCAGCCUCUGCCAUAGAUUCCAGCAAACGCUUAUCUCAGCAGCCCUCCGCCGUGCGGCCCAGUUGAACACUGUACACGAGACAGAAUAAAACGGCCUUUCCAGCUCUAUGGAAAGGGACCUUGGACACACGCCUUCCACUGGCUCUUAGGCUAAUUUCCUGUCAUUUUUCAUGCAGCAAGUAAACUUCAGAAAACCUCAUUAGGGUUGAGAUCUUGCCAUUGCCAAGGCCACUUCAUCCUGAACCCAGCCUGACAAGUCAUAAAAGCUGCUGCCUCCGAAGCAAGUGAGAAAUAAAUCAUGUGUUAUUAUUAUUUUCAAAAACACAGUGAAGAUAUAACUAAUGAAAAAGCAAGAAGCGCACCUGAGCCUUCCCGCUUUGUUCUAAAAAAUACAUUAACUGAAUCUCCAGCUUCUGUAAUUCAAAAGAACCGUUUCUUCAAAGCGACAUCCAGACCCUUCUGGAGGCCGUUCUCUCCCCAAGCUGAGAACCGGCGGCACCGCAGAACGCAGUGGGGAAGGCGCUGUUUCCAGGAUGCAGGGAAGCUCACUAGCAGCCCCACGCUCCAGGGGGGCUUGCUGUAGUCUGUCUGUUCUCUUUGUUCUGCUAAAGCUGAUGCUGCUUUGUAAGCCCAGGACCCCUGUGGUUUGCAGCCUGGGGCCAGGGAGCCGAGACUCCCCUUCCAGGCAGCAGAGGGCACUAGUUUCGCCCCAGUCUGGAUGCAUCCUAGGUCCCUGUGGCUUUGCUGCCACAGCUUUUCUGUCUGGCCCAGAAUCUCGCGUUACCAGGGUUCGUGCCAGGCUUAGAGGCUCUUGUGCUGAGCCUUUGGGGGAAGGACCCCAGCCCUUUCCCAGGAGCAGGUCUCAAGAAGUAGGGUGUCUGUAGGAACGUGGGGCAGGGCCUGGGAGGUGGCUGGGUCACCUCGAACCCCUUCUCCGAGGAGGAUCCCCACCUCUGAGGGAGGGAGCGCUGCUCUUCAAUGCACAGAGGCGGAGCCUGCGCUCUGUCUUGUUUGUUCAUCCUGAGAUGCUGGAGGGUGGCAGAUGCUGGGAGCUUUGGAAGAGGCGUGGUCCCCAUAUGGCCCCAGAGCCCCUCCCUGCCUCCGUCCAGGCCGGCUUCUUGAGGGGCCGAGGUCGCAGCUCCCUUCACACAGAGGCCUCUUCCCUGAGCUCAGCCAGUGCUGACGUUCCUCCCUGGGCCAGGCUCAGAGCGGGCACCGGGGCAGACCCAGGAUGACACCUGGGGUGACGGGUGACACACGCGCUCAGAUGAAAAACCGGACUCAGAACCGAAUGCUCGAAUAGACAGAAAGGAAACAGAGCACCUUUAGCAAAGGAGCGGUUAAAUCCACGAAGGCUCCCUGGCACCCCCCUAGCCCUGGGCAGUGACCUUCAGCAGAAACCUGGGGGCUCUAAGUUCAGAGACAUGCCCUUUGUGGCGGGGGGGGAUUUGGGGGGAGGGUGGGACCUGCUCCCAGAGGAUCCUAUGAGCCGGCGUCAGAAGCACCUAAGCCUUUCAGUAGCAAAGUGGCAGAUAAAGCCUGUAGGGAACCCCCAGCCCUGGAGAGGGCGGGCCUGCAAGAGGGCAGAGCUGUGCCCUCGUGAUCAUCUGGUUGAGGUCCAGGAAGGGGUGGGAAACCCCGUCAGGCUGCGGGUCUCAGGGAAACGUCCCUUCUGAGGGGAGGAGGCCCUGGGGCUCGUGUCCCACCCUGGACCCUCUGAGGGCGGGGAGGGGCCGCGUGGUCAUCACCUGGGGCAGCGGCGGCAGGUCACACCCGAGACAGUCCCAGGCGGCCAGGGCCACCAGGCGCAGCUUUUCUUUGUGUCCUCGUAUGUUUUAGCAUAUUUUUUUAACUUUUAAAAUUGCAGUAAAACAUCCAUAACAUAGAAUCGGCCUUAACUCUUCUGAAGGAGAUGGUUCUCUGGCGUCCGCGACAUUCACGGUCGUGCAGCGUUGGUGCCAUCCGUCUCCCCAUCUCCGGAACCCUUCGUCUUCCCAGACUGACACUCUGUCCCCUUCAACAGCAGCCCCCCAGCCCCUGGCACCGGCCCCCCAGCGCCUGCUUCCCGCCUCCAGGACGAGGCUGGGGGCCUCCCAGGAGGGAGUCAUUUAGGACUUGUCUCCGUGUUUUUAACUCUCACGAGAG